GUUAAGAUAAUGGCGCGCAAUAAAAGCGUAGCAGUGUUCCCGGCAAAUUGUUGCAUGGCUUUAAUUUGAUCGAUCGACCCGUGCACUUGUGCGCUUCGCUACUUUGCGCACUUGGCGACGAACUCUUGACGAAGCAACGGCGCAGCAAUGACAGAGAGAGAAGCGGAAAGGCAUUACGAUAAGUACAAAAGUGGAAUCGUCUUUCUGCUUACCGUCUCGGGGAUAUGGCCGGACGUCAAGCCCAGUCCCCGAACGAAAGUCGCGACGCGCUGCCUGACCCUACUGGCUCUGUUCGCCGAACUUGCCGUGACUUUCGGCACCGUCAACUUCUGUCUGCAGAACUUGACGAACGUCGGCGCACUCGCCAUGGGGCUGGGCCCGAUGAUCUGCUUCUCCUCUGCCUUCUUCAAGACGCUGGUUAUGUUGAUUCGUCGAGAAGACGUGAUAAGACUGAAUCGCCGAUUGUCCGACCGGUUUGAAAGGGAUAUGGAGAUAAUGGAAAAUCGACCACUUCUGUUGGCGCAUUACCCUUCUUUUCAACGCUACUUCAGGUUGCAUUACUACUACACCGGGGCGAUCAUUUUGCUCGCGAUCAUUAGUCCAAUACUCGCGCUUCGACAUGGCAAAUACAUCAGGGCAUAUCCACAGCUAUUGUUCUUCGCUUAUGAACCAGAUACCAAUCACAAAAUUUCCUAUGAGAAGCUAAAAUUAAAUACGAAUUCGAUAGCCAUUUGA